AUGGCGUCUACACAGUUUGCCUCCAUGGAGCAGCGUCCGUCGCAGCUGCCGCCCUGCCCCGGCCCGCCGCCAAGUCGUCCUCUGCCGCCGCUGCCGAACCGCGGCAUUUGUGCACCACGCCACGACGGAACGCCUCAUCUCUGCUCGUCUCUCCUGCUCUGCAACAUCCGCAAGUCUCUGACUGGGGCACGCGGGCAUCCCACCACAAACAUCCUGUUCCUUGUUCUCACUCUGACUGCGACCAACUUGACGACCAACUUGACGAGCCGGCUCGGCCAAGUUCGCGCCCUUCAUGGCAAACCUCAACGCUGCGGCACAACCAACCUCUUCACAACCGACACUUCCGUCACGUUGUGA